UUGAAAUGUCUGGGGUCUGUGCUGCAUCAGAUAUAUGGAGUGUUGGCUGCACUGUUAUUGAAUUGCUCACAUGUGUUCCGCCAUAUUAUGAUCUUCAGCCCAUGCCUGCACUUUUUCGUAUUGUGCAGGAUCCACAUCCUCCAAUACCUGAGGGUCUAUCUGCUGAUAUUACUGACUUUCUACGGCAAUGUUUUAAAAAAGAUGCUUUGCAAAGACCAGAUGCAAGAACGUUGCUACAACAUCCAUGGAUUCAGAACUCGAGACGUGCUCUGCAUUCUUCUCUCCGUGAAAUAGGUGGAUCACUAAAGAACAUAGAUGAAGAUGCUUCGCUUACGGAUAACAACUCUUUGGGGAAUAUAUCUGGUGGGGGUGACACAACUGAGGGUACAAUGAAGGGUGAUGAUACCAACUUGGAGAAAGUAAAAUCUGAAAGCAAUAUUUUGGAUUCCAGCUCUUUGGAAAUAAAUGGACCUGAUGAGGAUCAAAGUGGAGAGAACAACAUUACUCAAGAUGUCAUCUCAGAAGGUGUUGAUUGUUUGCGAGAUGAUCUUUCUGCUAGAGAUCCAACUUUAGUUUUACAUCAGAAACCAAUGGGCUCAUCUUCUGUUAAAGAAGUUUCAACUGCCAAUUCAAAAAUAGCUGAUCCACAAAUAUUGAAUGACUCUUCCACUGAUUCAGCAGAUGGGCUGGUUAGCAUCACUGCGGGAGUUGCAGAAAAUGGUUUAGAUGCCGAGCAUGAUGAUGAAGGAAGCUCCGGCCAUGAUGAAAGUAGCUUAUUUUCCUUUCGGGCUGGAAUGCUAAAAUUUGCUUCUCCGAAGGUUACAAAUCCAUCCGCUGCAACUGGAGUGCAUGACUUGAGUAGAUUCAGGGAUGCACCUGGAGAUGCAUUGCUGGAUGAUUUAUUUCAGCCACUUGGUAGGAUUACAGGAGAUCAAGCUGCAGAAGCUUCAACUUCUACAACCGAUCAUGGAAAUGUAUUAUGUGAUGCUGCUAAAAGUAACCUAGCUAAGGAACUCAAAGCUAGGAUGGCCCAGAACCAUGCGGAAAAUGAAAUUAAAGAACGAACGGGUGGAAAACUCUUGGAGGAUGUGAUGGAUGUUUUCGAGGAAAACUUGCCAGCAGAGAACAUUUUUCUUAUUCAGUCUGUAGAGUUCAGCAAAUUGGUUGGAUUGCUGAAGCCAGAGCAACCGGAGUAUGUAAUUUUGUCUGCAUGCAAGAAACUAGUCUCAUUCUUUGUUCAGCGUCCAGAGCAAAAGCAUGUAUUUGUAUCCCAGCAUGGGUUUCUUCCUCUUAUUGAUCUUCUUGAAGUUCCAAGAAACCGAGUCAUAUGCUCCGUGCUUGAGAUUAUCAACCACAUUGUUAUGGAUAAUGUUGGUUUCCAAGAAAAUGCUUGUCUUGUGGGCCUUAUACCAGUGGUAAUGAACUUUGCAGUACCUGAUCGCCCUAGAGAAGUAAGAAUGCUAGCAGCGUUCUUUCUUCAGCAGCUUUGCCAAUCCAGUACCUUAACAUUGCAGAUGUUUAUUGCCUGUCGGGGGAUACCUGUACUUGUGGGUUUUCUUGAGGCUGAUUAUGCGAAGUAUAGGGAAAUGGUUCAUCUUGCUAUAGACGGCAUUUGGCAUGUAUUUAAGCUUCAACAUUCCACUCCUAAAAACGACUUCUGCCGUAUUGCUGCCAAGAAUGGAAUUCUUCUUAGACUUGUCAACAUUCUUCAUAGCAUGAAUGAGGCAGCUCGUUUAGCAUCUUUACAAAAUGGUGUAAUGGCACGACCCAGAUCUGGUCUAUUGGAUGUUCCUCACUCACUUGGAGCUUUUGAAUCACUUCAAUUAUCAGCUUCUUCUACUUCUAGUCUUGUUGCAACUGUGUUGGAGACGAAGCAGUUUUUUGGUGAAGCAGAUAAGAAUCAUCCAGGCCAUGCUCCACUGGAUGCUUCUUUAUCCAAGGCAUCUGAAAUGGUUACAGAAAAUUCUGGGCACAUAACUAACAGAGGGUCUUCAGCUGCAGCUUCAGAGGAACUUGAGAAUUUGGGUUUGUGGAAAUCCAAUGCUUCUCGAUUAGAAACGGACCUUCUUAGGCAACAGAGGGCGACUGAUUCUGUUAACAGAACUUCUACAGACAAACCUAUAAAGCAUGUGGAUCCUACAUCGAAUGGACAUCCUAGUAGUGGUAACCCAUUGUCUUCUCAUAAGGAUCAAGUGAGACCGCUGCUGAGCUUGUUUGACAAAGAUCCACCUUCUCGAAAUGUCUCUGGGCAGCUCGAUUAUGUACGCAACCUUCCUGCACUAGAAAGGCACGAAAGCAUAUUACCCCUUCUACAUUCUUCAACGGAAAGGAAAACAACAGGAGAACUUGAGCUUUUGAUGGCAGAAUUUGCUGAGGUUUCUAGAAAAGGCAAGGAAAACGGACAUGCAGAUUUCAAUGGAAAGCUGUCUAAGCGGGCAAGUAAAAAGGCAUUACCAAAAUCCACAGGUUCAACAACUUCGAAUGAAGGUGCUUCGACAUCUGGUGUUGUUUCCCAGACAGCAUCAGGAGUAUUAUCGGGGUCUGGUCUUCUGAAUGCUAGACCUGGGAGCACAACAUCCUCCGGAUUACUUUCUCAAAUGGUGUCAUCUCUGAAUGCUGAUGUGGCUCGAGAGUAUCUUGAGAAGGUUGUAGAUCUUUUGCUACAAUUUGCCAAAGCUGAUUCUACUGUAAAAUCUUACAUGUGUAGCCAAAGCCUGUUAAGUCGACUUUUCCAAAUGUUCAAUAAGAUAGAGCCCCCUAUUCUAUUAAAGAUCCUCAUGUGCAUUAAUCAUCUUUCUGGGGAUCCAAACUGCUUGGACUCUCUUCAGCGUGCAGAGGCAAUCAAGCAUCUGAUUCCUAAUCUUGAACUCCAUGAAGGGCCUUUUGUCUCUCAAUUACAUAGUGAAGUCCUUUGUGCAUUAUUCAACCUCUGCAAAAUAAACAAGAGAAGGCAGGAACAAGCAGCUGAGCAUGGAAUUAUUCCCCAUCUAAUGAAGUUCAUCAUUUCGGAUUCACCCUUAAAACAUUGUGCAUUGCCUCUGCUUUGCGACAUGGCCUAUGCUUCACGAAACUCCACGGAGCAGUUACGGGCUCACGGCGGAUUAGACGUGUAUCUAAAUCUAUUGGUGGAUGAAGCAUGGGCUGUUACCGCCUUAGAUUCCCUUGCAGUCUGCUUGGCUCAUGACAGUGACCACAGGAAAGUUGAGCAAGCUCUACUGAGGAAAGAAGCUAUUCAGAAGCUAGUGAAAUUUUUUGGGAACUGCCCAGAACACUAUUUUGUGAACGUUUUGGAGCCAUUUUUGAAGAUCAUUACGAAAUCGCCGCGAAUAAAUACCGCAAUGGCCACCAAUGGUCUGACCACUCAUCUCAUUUCAAGACUAGACCAUCACGAUGCUAUUGCUAGACUUAAUCUUCUAAAACUAAUCAAGGCUGUCUAUGAGCACCAUCCAAGACCGAAGCAGCUGAUAGUGGAAAAUGACCUCCCUCAGAAGCUUCAGAAUUUGAUCGAAGAGCGAAGGGAUGGACAGAGAUCCGGACAGGUUCUUGUUCAGCAAAUGGCGACUGCACUGCUGAAAGCUCUCCAUAUCAACACUGUUUUGUAGCUUUAAAUUACUGAGUUAUAUCUCAAUUUGCUUAUCAGGUAAAUGUAAAUAUUCCUCCCCUUUUCUUAUUUUAAUUUUUUC